CUUGAACGUGAAGCUGUGCUGUGCCAUCAUGUUCAGGAAAUUGUGUUUUAUAGUAUUUAUUUCGAGUCUCAUUAUAAACCAGAACUUUUCGCAAAUUCCGCCAAGCAAAGAUGAUGAGGUAAGGGAAGGAAUCAAUUGGGUUUAUUCCAAAAUUCACGGAAAUGCUGAAUUAAAAUCAGUUUCAGAUCUUAAUACUACAGAACAAAUCCAGAGUUGGGUGAAGAAUCAUUCAAAUGUAGUUGCAGCUGAUUUACGAGCAUUGGAUUGGUCAGAACCCAAAAUCCUAGACGCAAUAGAUUGGAGAGACGGAGAUGGGCCGAUUGCCAAAUUGAGGUCAUUUGGUGAACAUUUAAAAGAUUUUGUAGCCAACAUUCUUCGGAAAUUCAUUGAGUUUUUGAAACAGAUAAAUCUACCUCUAGGACGUACGAUAACAGCGUUCUUAGAAUCAUUAUUGCCUGAAGAAGAUCCCGGUGACGACACGUAUAUAGAAGAUCCACCCGAGGAUCCAACUUAUCUUAAUACAACCAAAAUAGAAGUUGGAAAAUUUAACCACCAUAUUAAAAUUAAAAAAAACUUUUAUUUCUUAUCGAAGGAAAACGCUUCUUGGCAUAGGGCAUCGGAUAAAUGUAGAGCCUUAGGCAUGCAUCUGGUAUCUUUAUUCAGUGAAAAAGAAAACAUGGAUUUACAUCACGUAAUGCGGACUCAUCCUAGUUUGAAGGGAAAGUUUACGGAAGAUUUUUGGAUGGGCGGCAUUUACACGGAUAUGGAUGAAUCGGAAGACGAUGAGGAUGAGAAUGAUGAUUUUGAUCAUAGGAAUGGGAAUGAUGAUGAUUAUGAUGAUACGGAGGAUAAUGAUGAUUAUGAUGAUACGGAUACGGAUGAUGAUUAUGAUGAUACGGAUGAGAAUGAUGAUUAUGAUGAUAAGGAUGAGAAUGAUGAUAAUGACUCAGAUUGGGGCUCAAAUUGGAACCUAGAUUGGAACAAAGAAUCUUCAGAAAAGGAUAAUAAUAAUAAUAAGAAUGAAUCAGAUUCAGACUCAGAAAAAACGGAAGAACUUGCACCAUUCGAAUAUACAUGGUAUCCAUCUCAAAAAAUAUUCACUUUUGACCGAUGGGAGGAUGAUCAUCCCUUAAAUGGAACGAAGCCCUGUGUAAAGUUCACGUUUCGAUUAAGCGGAUCUACAUGGAGGAGUGAACAUUGUUUUACGCCAUUAAGAUACGUCUGUCAAAAGAUUAAAAAGUCAAGAAGAUCGUGAAUAGAAAAAAUGAAUUUGCUGCUUACUUUUGCACUAAAUCCAAAUAUAUAAUUCUGAGUAACUAAUGGUGUUUUUUUUUUUUUUUUUUUUAAUGUAUGCUUGAUCAUCAGCGCCAAUGUCUGUUAUCUGUUUUAGUAUACCAUGUUUUAUUAUAUGGAAAUUAUCGAAUGCUUCAGAAAGCUACGAUGAUAAGUG